CUACGUCAUUGUCUAUUCAAACCUUUGUUAGAACUAUAUGAACGAGUCCCAAUCCCAACAUUCUGCUUACUUAGCUGAACCUUUAGAUUGCAAGACGCUGAAUUUUACCUGUUUCAAUCACAAGUCAGACAACAUUACCAGUCUAACCAGAGCAUUUACUGAGAGUGGAGGUUUUGUCAGUUAAAUUUGUCAGCGUCGAUUUUGCUAUGGACAAUAGUGAAUUUUCUGACCAAUUCCAACAUGAGGAUUAUCAUACAUCUUGGAUGUUUGACGCCUGGAAGCCGAUUUGGAAUAGCUCUCUUUCGAAUUGUACAUCUGUGAUAAGUAAUCUUGUUUACAACGUGAACGGCAAAAGUAUGAAUAGAAGAAUUAUUAUAUCAUAUGUCCUUUAUCUUCUGGUUGCAAUCAUUAUCACAUGGAUAAGCCGAAAAUUCUACUACGGUACAUAUAAAUGGAAAAGGGAUUUAACAGACAUCGGAUACCAUUCAUCAUUGGAUAACGAAGGCGUCGCUAGAAACAAUCGGAAUCGAGUACACAUUAUAAACAGAUUGAGGAGGCUCAGAAAAGUUGGAAAUCGCAUUCCACCACCAUUUCCAAAUGGUUGGUUUGUUAUAAUGGAAUCUGAGGCAUUAACAGCUGGGCAAGCUAAAAGUGUAAACAGUUUAGGCCAAAAUUUCGUUGUGUUUCGCACUCAAAAUGGUGAUGUCAACAUAUUGGAUGCAUAUUGCCCUCAUCUUGGAGCAAAUCUUGGAGUUGGAGGAAUCGUUCGGGAAGAUUGCAUUGAAUGCCCGUUUCAUCAUUGGUCUUUUGAUGGAAAAACUGGAGAAUGUGUCAACAUUCCUUACAUCAAAACAGGAAGCAUUCCGAAGGUGGCUAAACUGAAAAAAUGGAAAUCAAUCGAGGCUAAUGGCUUCAUAUUUGUUUGGCAUCAUUCAGAUGAAAACGUAGUUCCAUGGGGAAUACAGCCAAUUCCGGAAAUAGAAAAUGAUGAAUGGGUGUUUUAUGGGAAGAAUGAGUUCCUAGUGAAUGCACAUAUUCAAGAUAUACCGGAAAACGGUGCGGAUAUUGCCCACCUGAAUGCUGUACAUGGACCAAAUGUUAUGUAUGGAAGUGAAAAUGGUUCCUCAGGAUCAAAACACUUUGUAUUCGGAAUGCAUGCCUGGCAAGCGAAGUAUUUCAAUGGUAAAAUUAAAAAGCUCUACAAAUUAAUAACACAGAUAUUUAUGCAUUUCAGUUGGAACGCUCCUACAGAAAAUGACCCUUCACACAUAGCAUGGAUGGACUUGAAGCAUUCCUUUAGAGUUUUCAACAAACUUGAAAUCUGCACCGUAAAUGUCAAAGCAUACCAAAUCGGACCUGGUUAUGUUCAAUUGAUGAUGAAGUCUAACGUAGGCCCGAUGGUCGCCCUUCAAAGUGUUACUCCCGUGGAACCGCUUAUUCAAAAAGUUAUCCAUCGAUUCUAUGCACCAAGAAACUUUAUAAAUGCAAUCGCUAUGCGAUGUACAAUAUGGGCUGAAAGCAUUAUGUUUGAACGCGAUAUGAAAAUUUGGAACAACAAACAAUUUAUUGAUAAUCCUCUUCUCAUUAAGGAAGAUCGCGCAAUUAAGACUUUCAGAAAAUGGUACAGUCAAUUUUAUUCAGCAAAUAGUGUGAGCUAUGCAUCAGCCAAACAGAACCUUGAUUGGUAACGAGAUGAAAACUACGAUUAGCCGGAUACGUAUAUCACACGCUAGAAAAAUCCGUAUUAACAUAAAAAAAGGUUGUAAUAAUUUAAAAGAUAACUUAAAAAAGUACAGUUGUUUCCGCUUAUCGGGCACUUUUGGGUACAAAGCAACAACCUUACUUCUGAAAACGUUGAAUUACCGAAAAUACUAGAAAAAAAGGGUGUGUAUCAAAAAGGGGUAAGCAUAAUAGCGGGUAAGCGUUGAUAUGAAUCAGCUCCAUAAUACGUCCGAUUACGAGUUUGUCCGAUUGAAACCGUCUUGUUAAAAAGCGACUACUGUACAAUCAUAAACGAACCUAUGCAAUUCAAAUUAAUAAAAUCAUCUUUUAUUUAUCCUUUAACUAUAAAAAGUUAUAAAUGCCAUCCCUACAUAUAAUUUCAGUUGCAAUAUUGCAUAUUUUUUAGGCAAUUUUAUAGGUAAUUUAGAUUUGACAAAUAAAGAUUGAGAGUUCCUAAUAACAGCAUUUUAAUAUACUUAAAGGCUUAGACUUUAUCCUAGUUAAAACAAAUUGAAACUGUUUAAUGUUCUAUGUUAAGACUAUUUUAAUUUUUUUUUUCACUACUGUCGGAUUCAGUUCCUUAAAGAUACUAGUUUAUUGUUUGAGAGCCUGUUCAUCGAAGUAAAAUAUUUAUUAACUUUUAACUCUGCAUAACGCGUCUUAAGCACUGGAUCAACGCCAAACUGUAGGUAAGAUAUCUUCAUGUGUACCAACCAAUAUGUGCAAAACUGAACCGAUCAAAGCUUUGGAUCAAGAAUUUUAAAUUCUUCAAUUUUUACUCCACCCUUACCUUAUUUUGGAAGUUAUAUCAAAGAAAAAAUCUUUAAAUUUACAAAGUGAUUCAAACAGCAUGAUAUAGAGCAACUAGUUUCAGUUUGGUUUGGAAAUUGGAUGAAUGAUUUUCGAAAGCAUCUUCGUAAAAACAACGCGCUUGUAGCAAGAAACUUGACACAAACUUUAUAUGAAAAUAUUUCAUGGAUUUCUUUUUAAAUUAAAACUUUAAUUUUAAAAUAAUUUUAACUUUUGUUGGAAAUAUUUGAAUUUAAAUCGUUUUAUCAAAAAUUUGACUUAAGCAUUGAUAAAACCAAUUAUUUCAACUGUAUUUUGAUUAAACUUCAGCUGAGUUAUUUGUUUAAUUCAAUGGUAUGUAAAAAGAAUUUUUCUAAAACUAAUUAAAUUUUUAGUUGAUUUCAUGGAAUGUAAAUAUAACUUUCUCGAGACAAAUUUGAAAUUUUUGAAAAUGUUACCUUAAUUCAGGAAUUAUCCAAAACAUCUCACUUUUAACACUGUUGAUUGGUAACUCAAUGACUUUCAUUUUGUACGAGUUAUACGCGUUGUACGAGUACAAUAGGCAGCAAGUUGAAGCAGAAUACGAAUUAAAUAUUUUGUUUAUGGAAAGUCAUUUAAUCCUUGAUAACCAAUAUGCUGAAAAUUUGUGUGAAUUAUACAACUCAAAUAUAGCAUUAGGCAAAUCAACGUAAAGAGAAUAAAGGUAGAUAAAUUACAAUACAAAAUAUAGAUAAC